AUGCGGGAACCAUUACAGGUUACCAUCACCAGGACCUCUAGAUGGAAACAUGGUGGAAUCCUUCUCCUCCUAUUGAGCUGCAGAGAAUCCUUGUCCUAUGUUCCAGUAGAAGUCUUGACAUCACCCCCAACCAGAUCUCGUUCCGGAUGCUACAGUCGACGGCCACUUCAAGGACGCAAGAGAAGUAGAGUGGAAUCCUCCAAUUCUAUAAUUCGAUUCUCGGUUCAGUUGGACGAGAUUGCCAGUGUGAAGAAUACGACAGCAACGGCUAGCACUGUACCUGAUGCAGUCACACAAGAAUAUCCAACACCGACUAACAACGGGGUAAACAAUAGACUGCGAUUUGCGGUACCACGAAGUGAGUCAAUGAACAAAAAGAAAGCAGAGCAAAGGUAUAUUGCGCCUCAAAAAGCUAAGGAAACAGCAUCGGUGCGAGAAUUACCACCACCGGUGACUCUCAACGAGACCAAUCAUCAAAAAGAUGUUGACACCAAUGUCAUUAAUGAUGGACACAAUUUUGAAUUAACGACUGGAGAUCUGACUGUAGCAGAAGCCCAAACCACGCGGAGCUUGUGGAGCCGGCGGUACGCCCGCACCUUGGAGGAAGGAAUUCGUCGGGAAACAGCAUCCGAGCUGAAUUCAUUGCUGAGCGAUGCACAAAUAGAGGCUAGAACAAGCGAAGGAAGGCGAUUGGUGGAGCGAACCUUUAUGGGACUAAUCAAUGCUCUAGCAGAGGAACAUGAGGAUCUUGACAUUGAUAUAUCCACGGUCGCAGACUCUCCAUUUUGGAGAAAGGAAGUGAAGGAAUUACGAAUCAAUUUUUCACGCCUUGGCUUCAAGCCUCUUCGACUUGGCGGAAACGAAAUUCAAGAAGGAGACGAUGAUCGGGAGCUGUCUUUGAUUGAAUCUGCUGACGACGCCUUUGACCGAAUUGACAAAGACAACAGUGGAACAUUGGAUCAAGAAGAACUUGCAGAAGCCUUGAGCCUGAUAUCCGAUAUCACAACUGACAAAGACUCUGUGGGCGACCUUGCUUCAAAGCUAGUGGGUCUUUACGAUUUCAACGGCGAUGGUGCUGUAGAUCGGGAGGAAUACCAACAAAUGGUCGAAGACAUGGCUGGAUUGAACUCGGAAGUUGAAGAAGAAGAAAAAAUCCUAGAAGUAGUAAACGCAACAAAAGGCGAUGGCCCACUUCAGGCCAUGAGUAAUUCAGUGAAGUCGAUAUCAAAGGGAAUAUCAAACACAGCCGCACAAGCAGCAGAAAAGGCCACCCAAGGAAUAUCGUACACUGCGGCACAAGCAGCAGAAAAGGCGACUCAAGUUGCUUCCGCUGUCCGACGCAACAAGACUGCUGUCCCGGAACCAGAAUUACCUCCCGUCAAGGAAUAUGGCUCCCUUGUACUGUCCAAUCUGAAAAUCGACCUCAGGAGAUUGGUCUUUGGUGGAGUACCACUAGUGAAGAAAAUUGCUCCCGGCGGUCCCUUGAUUCUGGAACCAUUUUCGGUGACCAUUAAUGGCGCGUUCACACGAGAAGAUGUCAUGGGUUCCUUUGUACUGGAUGCCGGACUGAAGUUGCUAGUGGCUCGUACCUUGCGAGUACGAACUAGAUCAUUUCGGGAUGUUGUGGAUGGCGCUCUUUUCUUUGGGCGAAAAUACAGACUCAACACGAAGGCUGCACCAUUAGUGGAGGUUUUGGGAUUGUCCAAUGUAGAGUUUGACAGCAAUGAUAAAAUGGUCAUUACAGGUCGGGCCAAAAUCCGAUCGAGCCCCACGGCCCCAAUCAUUACCCAGACUUUCAAAUUGCGUACCAAGGUUGGCACUGGAAGGAAUGGUCAGAACAUCAAACUGGUGGAACCAGAGCUUGCCUUUGUAUUUGAAUGUCCCAAAGGAAUUGAGAAUGCAUUGUACCCAAUUUUUGACAAAUUGGGAAAACCAAGACCGCCAAGACCAGAACCAAUCUACUCGUUCUUUCCCAUUUACUCUCCCAUUAAAGUAGAGGAUGAGAAUGCAGGAUACGACAUGGGCGAAGACAAUCGGUUGAAGCGCAUUUUUAUCAAGGAUGGUAAACUUCGAUUGGAAAUGACUUCUGUCUUGCGACCCGGUCGCUUUUUGGGAAAUCACUACCUUGCCUUCACAGUUCCGCAACGAACCUUUAUCAUUACAUUGGAUCGUGUCAAGGAAGGUAUGCGAGCUGCUCGCAAGAACAAGAAGAUUGCCAGACGCGAAAAAAAACUCAGUGGCAUUAUCGAAACGGAUGAAGAAAAAGAAAUCAAGAAGAAACAGAGAAUGCUCACGCUGCAGAAUUGUCUUUCCAUGUUCAAGAGGACCCGUAAAGAGGUAACCAAGAAGCCCAAGAGCUUCUUUUCUCGGUUUGUGGAAGGAUACACCUUAGUGGAACGUGAAAACGAACGUUUGACCACCGAAAUUAGUGAUUGGUUUGGCCGUCAAGGACAGAAUUCAACUCGAGUGGGAGAAGUGUAG